AUGUCAAACGAUACAGAGAACGUGUUCAGACAACUGUUUCGCAACUGGAAUGUACGAUCAUCUACUCAAACAGGCACCACCAACCGACCCGUACUACUGGAAUGGACCGAUUACAUUAAAUCUGGCGCAAACGAUAUCUACAGUAGAUUGCCCACAUCCAUUCAAGAUGCCACCAACAGUAACCCCACACAGGAACCAUCGUGGUUUACUCUAUCAAGGUUUGAACGGCUAGUUGGGUUUGGUUGUUGUCUUGCAGCAUCAAUCUUGUGUUUUGUUUUAUGCUUUUUCAUGUUCCCCGUAUUGGCCCUUAGACCUCGGAAGUUUGGUUUGCUUUGGACUGGUGGGUCUGUGUUGUUUCUUGUUUCAUUUGGGGUUUUGCAAGGACCUCAUAGCUAUAUACGGCAUUUGCUAUCUCGUGAUCGAAUAGUCUUUACAACCAUAUUCUUCACGUCGAUACUUUUGACAUUGUACUCGAGCGUGGUGAUCAAGAGUAGUUUGUUAACUAUAUUCACCAGUAUUAUUGAGAUUUUAGCUGUAGCUUACUACACCGUCAGCUAUUUCCCAUUUGGUGCUUCUACAUUAACAUUUUUCACAAGUUAUAUAUUCGGAUACCUUGGUGGUUUAAUUGGUGGAAUUUUAUAA